UUCAAGGUGGAGACCCCUGUCUCCUCAUCAAGCGCCCCUCUCCUUGCCUACUUCCAUCCUUCCCAUGGCUGACGAAAUGAAUGGCUGCAGAGAGCUGAUGGGUUUUCUUCUGGGAAAGUCAAGCCACUGAUGGAAGGGAGAAGCCACUGCUGGUUAUAGAGGGAAAGCACGACCCUUUCCAAGGUGAUUACCCAAACCGCAAUAUCCGCCCAUCUGCCCUGGCCCUGGGCGGGCAUUCCGCACCGCAGAUCCACUCCCUCCUCUCAGGCGGCGACGCGGGCGCUGUCCAGCGUGCUGAAGCCGGAGCGAGAGCGCGUUGCUGACCCAGCUGAGCCCAGCUCCUAGAACGCCAGCCCUCGACCAUCGCUGAUACUCCAGCCGCGGGACGGAGUCAAGGCGGACGGGUCCCGAUCUUCCCCCUAUCCCGACCCUCCUCUCCACCUUCCGCCGUCGUGACACCGGCUGUCUCUGGCAGCCCGUUGGUCAUGAAAACCCUCACGUUGCCGGUAUCUGUCCUCUUCUGCUUCCUUAUACUGAUCCAGGGGUUGGAAGCAGCGCCCCCCGGGCGCUCCGAUGCUUAUCCUCCUCCCCUCGGCUCUGAGCAUAAAGAGCAGGUAGCUGAGGACGCAGUGUCCCGGCCAAAGGAUGACAGCGUCCCAGAGGUCCGAGCCGCUCGGAAUUCCGAGCCUCAGGACCAGGGAGAGCUCUUCCAGGGCGUGGAUCCCCGGGCGCUGGCCGCGGUACUGUUGCAGGCACUGGACCGUCCGGCCUCGCCCCCGGCGGUCCCAGGAGGUUCCCAGCAGGGAACACCCGAAGAAGCAGCAGAAGCUCUGUUGACAGAGUCCGUGCGCAGUCAGACCCAUAGCCUCCCGGCACCAGAGAUCCAAGUGCCCGCUGCAGCCCCCCCUCGCCCUCAGACUCAGGACAACGAUCCCGAGGCCGACGACCGCUCAGAAGAGUUGGAGGCGCUAGCAUCCUUGCUCCAAGAACUUCGAGAUUUCAGUCCGAGCAAUGCUAAGCGCCAGCAAGAGACGACCGCAGCAGAGACGGAAACCCGCACGCACACGCUGACCCGAGUCAAUCUGGAGAGCCCCGGGCCAGAGCGCGUAUGGCGCGCUUCCUGGGGAGAGUUCCAGGCGCGCGUCCCGGAGCGCGCUCCUCUGCCACCCCCAGUCCCUUCGCAAUUCCAGGCUCGAAUGCCCGAAAGUGCUCCCCUUUCCGAAACCCAUCAGUUCGGGGAAGGGGUGGCCUCCCCUAAAACACAUCUAGGUGAGACUUUGACACCCUUAUCUAAGGCGUACCAAAGCCUAGGUGGCCCCUUCCCCAAGGUGCGCCGGCUCGAGGGCUCACUCUUGGGCGGCUCCGAGGCUGGAGAGCGCCUGCUUCAGCAAGGGCUGGCUCAGGUAGAGGCAGGGAGGAGACAGGCGGAGGCCACCCGGCAGGCCGCAGCGCAAGAAGAGCGGCUGGCCGACCUCGCCUCCGACCUGCUGCUCCAGUAUCUGCUGCAGGGCGGAGCCCGGCAGCGCGAUCUCGGGGGUCGCGGGCUGCAGGAGACGCAGCAAGAGCGGGAGAGCGAGAGGGAGGAGGAGGCGGAGCAGGAGAGACGCGGUGGUGGGGAGGACGAUCUGGAGGAAGAGGAUGAGGAGGCGGCGGAGGCGGAGGCAGAGGCAGAGGAGGCGGAGAGGGCGCGGCAGAACGCGCUCCUGUUCGCCGAGGAGGAGGACGGGGAAGCCGGAGCCGAGGACAAGCGCUCCCAGGAGGAGGCGCCAGGCCAUCGGCGGAAGGAUGUAGAGGGGGCAGAGGAGGGAGGGGAAGAGGACGACGACGACGAGGAGAUGGAUCCGCAGACGAUCGAUAGCCUCAUUGAACUGUCCACCAAACUCCACCUGCCAGCCGACGAUGUGGUCAGUAUCAUCGAAGAGGUGGAGGAAAAACGGAAGCGGAAGAAGAACGCCCCUCCCGAGCCAGUGCCGCCCCCCCGGGCCGCCCCAGCCCCCACUCAUGUCCGCUCCCCACCUCCCCCACCUCCCGCCCCGGCCCGGGAUGAGUUGCCAGACUGGAACGAAGUGCUCCCACCCUGGGAUCGGGAGGAGGAUGAGGUGUUUCCCCCGGGGCCCUAUCACCCUUUCCCCAACUACAUUCGGCCGCGGACACUGCAGCCACCCGCAUCCUCCCGCCGCCGUCACUUCCACCACGCGUUGCCACCUGCGCGCCACCAUCCCGACCUGGAGGCCCAGGCCAGGCGCGCGCAGGAGGAGGCGGACGCGGAGGAGCGCCGGCUGCAGGAGCAGGAGGAGCUGGAGAAUUACAUUGAGCACGUGCUGCUGCGCCGCCCGUGACCGGCCCCGCCCCCGCGCGCCCGCCCCCAG